UGACUUCAUUUUAACUUUGGCUGAAACUUUUUGCUUUCCUCCGAUAUGUACUGCAGGUGGUCUUUCGGAAUUCUACUCUGGGAGAUUGUGACUUUGGGAGGAACUCCGUAUAGCGGAAUGAAAUCAGGACUCCUGUUGAGAAGACUACGCGAAGGAUACAGGAUGCCAAAGCCAAGGAACUGUGAUGAAAACUUGUACCAGAUGAUGCUGCAGUGCUGGCAGCGCCGUCCUGAGGACAGACCGACCUUCUCUGACCUGGUGGAACAGCUCAAGGGCAUGAUGGAGGACAAGAGCAGCUACGUCAACAUUGAGAACGAUGACGACUUCGAGUAUGAGGUUAUUGACUCUGAUGACAAUGAUGACAUGGAUGAUGAUGAUGCCUUCUCAGGAUAGGAAGAACAGGUUGACUUCUGUCUACAUGUCAAUGUGUCUGUGUCGUUAAAGUGUGUUUUGUCAGCUACAGUAUUUUUUUUGUUUCUGUGAAGUCACUUUUAAUACAGUUGAUUAUGGUUGGUUACACUUUGUAAUCAACAACGUUUACCAUGUUCAAAUUACUAUACUAGAACUUAUUCAAAGAAGUCGCAAAUAUUUUCCCAAGUUUUUAAUACCUCAACCAACAACAAAAUACUAUAUUAUUGCUAAAGUCUCCCAACCCAUUUAUUUUUCAAAGAG